AUGUCCGGAUCAUUGUCCACGAGCCCGGCUGCCACGCAGCUUGGCCUUAUCGAUCAUCUGGCCGACUCUUUCCUUGACCUUUCGGAGUUCGAUAGCGUCCCAUACCAGUCACCCUCGCUGUCGCCCGUAUCCUCGAACAAGACGACAUUCACCACUAGGUCCAUCAAGACCGAGACCGCCCAGACAUCGCUGCUGUCUACCAGUCAGCCUCUCACUGGGCCCAGCCACCAGUACGAUCUCUACAAGCAGCAGACAGGCAUCGUGCCAGGAGCUUUGGCUACAACGUUGGCCGCGAAUCAAAACAACUCGCACAUUCACGGCUUUGGUGGGCUCGGCGGCUUCGACUACCUCGGAAUGGCGAACUCGGACGACGUGUUUGACUUCAACGAUUUCAGCGCCUCGCCGGACAUGGACUUGGAGUUUGAUUCGCCCUCUAGCAAUCCCAGCAUGCUGUUCGAGUCAACGGUCAACCCCAGCUCCAUCGGUGGCCAAGAGCCAAGCACACUGUCGUCGCCGUCGCCCUUGUCGACCCAAAGCAACGUGGGGCGCAUGUGGCCAGGUAUGCACCAACAGGCAGCGCUGGCCAGGGCGCAGCAACAACAACAGCAGCAGCAGCAGCAACUAUUGCAGAGGCAACGACAAACUCAACAGCACUCCAAGCAGGCUUCUAAAUCUAAGUCCCCUCAGGCAACAGACCCCAUCGUGGAACAGAAAAUCACGCAGCUCCUCAAUUCGAUGCGAGCCAAGCCAUCCACAGCCGAAUCUUCUCAGAAUCCACCCGUCAUAAAUUUACCUCGACCUAGGAAGGAUGAGGAUGAGAUGGAUGAGGAUGAACGGCUCUUGGCUAGCGAGGAAGGCAAGAAGCUCAGUAGCAAGGAACGACGCCAACUUCGCAACAAAGUUUCUGCUCGUGCGUUCCGGUCCAGGAGAAAGGAAUACAUCUCUCAACUCGAGACCGAGAUUGCCAACAAGGUCAAUGAGAAUGGCGAUCUGCGUGCUCAGAACCGAGCUUUAAUCGAAGAGAACAAACGUCUGAGCGAUCUCACUCGCAUGCUCCUCUCGUCCCCUUCCUUUUCCGACUUCCUCGAUCGCCUCAGCUCCAAUCCGCAGAUGAUACCGCAAGCACAGCCUCAGUCACAGGACCAGCGCCAAAUGCCCAAGGAUGUCAACCCCUACGCAGCGCAGCAAGUGACCCAGCACCCACAGAUCGGACUUGCUAUGAUCCCCGAACAGACGGCUCCAAUGAUGGCCAUCAACCCGGUCGAUGGCUUUUCGUUCCAGCCUCAAGUCUACGCCGUCCUGGAAACUCCCGAGCCGAUCCUUGACGCUGCCACGCUGUCGGGCAAACCGGACUCAUUCGCUAGCGAAUCGUUCGAUUCCUCAGAUGAAGACAAGGCGGAGCUGCCUAUGAUUGAGCAUCCUGCUCCCGCGCCUCCUCAUGAUGAGGCGGCUGCUGCUGCCACAACCCCGGCACCCAUCGACGAGCAAUUCGAAAAUGACCCGGAUUUUGCACUCUACCAUGAUUCUCCUUCCACGCCAGAAGCGAUCAAGCCCGCAGUGGAGCUCGACAUUGAGGCGCUGUCGCAAAUUGACAUCUUCGGCGGGAUUGAACCCGAGAAGGCGUUUGCACGGUACGAACUCGUGGAUGCCACAGAAGAGGAGGCUGCGGCAUGCUUGGCAAUGGCGAGGUUCCAGCGGAUCAAUGCAAAUUUGGAGAGUGUGGCGGCGAGGUUAGAGCUGUUGACUAUCGGGUUAUAA